AUGAGCACAUCGCCACACUCGACUCCUGAGGAGUUUUUGAAAGCUGUGCCAGACGUUUUUGCGCUGGCAAACGAGGGCCAGAACUCAAUAAACCUUUCUGUCAAGAGACUGGUAACACAGGACCCAGUGGAGGGCAACGACGAGUUCAAUGCUUCAGAGCUGCCCCAGUUCGACGUAUCAAAGAAGUCGCAGUUUACCAAGGUUCCCCAGAACGCUAACAACAAGCAGUACGACGUGCUGGUCAGACUCAAGAAAGGAUCGGGCGAGGGCGUAAUAAAACACUCCACGGUAGUGAAGGCCGAGGCGCUGGAUAAGUUCUGGAAGGACUAUUCGGCAGCGAUAAAGUCCGGGAUGGUGGGCCUUGUCAAAAAGAAGAAGAAGAAGGCCAAGGCCAAGAAGUCUCAGAGAAAGUGA